AUUUGUAUCUAAAAAAUGAAUUUCGCUAAAGGAUUUCUACUCUUUAUUGUAGUCUUGGCUGUGUUUGCAGGGCAAACUGAAGCUGGAUGGUUGAAAAAAAUUGGAAAACGAUUGGAAAGAACUGGUCAAAACCUUCGAGAUGCAUCUAUAAAAACGAUAGCAAUAGCUCAGCAAGCUGCAGAUGUUGCUGCAACUUUAAAAGGAUAA